AUGCUGCCGUUGAAGACGUUCAAACGCCUCAGAGCAGGCCGAGUGUGGACAGCAUGCGGCUUCUCUACGACAGCAUUACUGGGAGUUACUGGGGCUUGGAAGCUUUGCUCACGAAAUUGCUACUUUGAACCAUUCGAGCCCGAAAACGACCCCCUGUUUCAGAGCCAUUAUUUUCACAAAUUCAACCCGGGACAACAUCCUUCCUUGAAUGAUACGUGUGUACGGAAGGUGGCUCUCUCGGACAUAGAGGCAGAGCUAGUGGAUGAUGCAUUGAAAAAUGGAUCAUUGCUAACUGAGAGGUUUUGUGCUGGUGUGUGGGGAGGUUUUGGAUACGCAGUACAGCGUAAAAUUUUGAACUGGGUUUUGAAAACAGAAACAAAUAGAGACAUGCUCUGGAAUAAAAUCGAACUAUUGAAUAGCAAAUACGAGGAAGGAACCGUCGUGACAGACCAUUUCGUGGUCCUCAAAAAGACAGCUACAUCCAUCAUCAUGCGUGGCGGGAUAUCCCCAACAAAGAAUCCAGAGGCUCCCCGGGACAUAGACAAUCUUUCCGAAAUCACGGUCAACUUGGACGUGGAGCGAGGAGUGGCAGAGUUCAGGUUAAAGAACAUAUUCUUUAACGGCGUGGAAAACACAACCAAAUCGAUGUUUCCAUCGCCUGUUGUUUGGCUGCACUAUCAGUACUGCAAGUUACUUGUCGAAUCCGGUGUCAGGAAUUGUGUGAUAUAG